CCAAAGAUCUUUGAAUAUUAUAAUGAGAGCCCACUUGAUGCUUCCAAAAAUAUAUUUGCAGGUGGUGGCAUAGCUACCUAUACUGAAGUCUUAACUCCGGGGUUUUUGAUUGACAAGGGUAGUGAUUCAUCUGCUCCCUAUACGGCGAACUAUCCCCUCUUUCUUUUAUCUUUGGCUCAACUUCAGUCCUUUUUUUCCUUUGAUUUCCCGAAAGCUAUGGAGUUCCUCAGCUCAAUCGCGGGUCUGAUCCCCUGUUUCUAUGAUCACACCUCCAGGCAUACGCUCUACAUUCGUGAUCUGAAAAAAAAUCUCCGAGCCUUGAGCCAGAAAAUGGAGGAGCUCAACAACUUGUAUGAAGAUGUGACGGCAAGGGUUGAAGGUGAAGAGCAACGACAGAUGAGGCGCAGAAAGGAAGUGGGUGGCUGGAUCCGUGGAGUAGAAGAAAUGGUGGAAGAAGUUAACGAAAUUCUGCGAAGAGGCGAUCAAGAAAUCCAGAAGAGAUGUCUCAGAUGCUGUCCCAGGAAUUGUUGGUCUAGCUACAAGAUUGGGAAGGCAGUAAGCGAAAAGCUGGUUACCUUAUCUGAUCAAAUCGGCAGAGGACAUUUCGAUGUUGUAGCCGAGAUGCUGCCUCGUCCUCUAGUAGAUGAACUGCCCAUGGAGGAGACUGUGGGCUCAGAAUUGGCGUACGGCAGAAUCUGUGGGUUUCUCAAAGAUCCACAAGUGGGAAUUAUGGGAUUAUAUGGAAUGGGGGGUGUGGGCAAAACCACCCUCUUGAAGAAAAUCAACAAUGACUUCCUCACUACAUCCAGCGAUUUUGAUGUUGUGAUUUGGGAUGUGGUGUCAAAACCGCCCAACAUUGAAAAAAUUCAGGAAGUUAUUUGGAAUAAAUUACAAAUCCCACGUGAUAUAUGGGAAAUUAAAAGCACUAAGGAGCAGAAGGCUGCAGAAAUAUCGAGAGUUCUGAAAACAAAGAAGUUCGUGUUGUUGUUGGAUGAUAUUUGGGAGCGACUUGAUCUGCUAGAAAUGGGGGUCCCGCAUCCCGAUGCUCGAAACAAGUCCAAGAUAAUUUUCACGACCCGGUCACAAGACGUGUGCCACCAGAUGAAAGCUCAGAAGAGCAUAGAAGUGAUGUGUUUGUCAUCAGAAGCGGCUUGGACUUUGUUUCAGAAGGAGGUAGGAGAAGAAACAUUAAAGUCUCAUCCACAUAUACCGAGGCUUGCAAAGAUUGUUGCUGAAGAGUGCAAAGGUUUACCUCUGGCUUUGAUUACUCUUGGGCGAGCUUUGGCAGGUGAGAAAGAUCCCUCAAAUUGGGACAAGGUAAUACAAGAUUUGGGCAAAUUUCCAGCUGAAAUUUCGGGGUUCGGGUUGGUUCUAGCAGUUCUGGCAACAGCCGGGUUUUCAUUUCUUUAUAUAUAGACUGCGUUGCUGCCGUUUUUGCUGAUUGGAGAUGUCCUGCUCUUUUUCCUUCUACUUGGAAUCUGGGUUUGGUCUGAGGUCUCUGGUAUGUUUCAUCAGGGAUGCGCAAAUGCUGAUUCUCAGAGCAUUGAUAUUUCAUGGUGCUGAGACUGCUGGAAAGGUUGGUGUACUUAUGUGAUGGUUGCAGCAUCCUUUUUGUUUCUGGAUCUCAGGAAUUGGAUUCUGUGGGCUGCCUUUGGCUUUUGAUGUUGGGUGGGUUUUGUUUUGUUAAUUUGUUGAGGCCGGUGCAGUGUGGUGGGUCUGAAGCUGCUGCUGGGUCAAUGCGGAUGUGAUAUGGGAAUGCUUUUGGAUCUUUGGGCUUCAGCAGGUUGAUUAUGUUUCCUCUGCUUACAAAUGUUUUAUCACCAGAUCCUAUGUGGGGAUGGGAUGGAUUGUUGUGAUAGUGAUGGUGUGGGUUUUGUUUUGUUUAUUUGUUGAGGCUGGUGCAUGUUUUAUCACCAGAGCACCGCUUAUUUCCUUGAGUUUGAUAUCCCACUGUCAAGUGUAUUGUCCAUAAUGUUAUGGUGUGUGUGUGUGUGUGGAUUGGAAUGUUUUGUGAGAACAACUGGUUGAUUUUAACAUUUGAGGUUGUUAAUGGUGAUUUUUCUUAUUAU